GUUCUUUUACCUCGGCACGGCUACGAUGGCGGAUCAGGUUGAGAGAUCCUUCCAGAAGCAGGCAAGUGUGUUCUUGAACAAAAAAUCUCUCCUUUCUGGCAAGGGGAAGAAGAACUUGCGCUAUGUUAGAAAUGUAGGCCUCGGCUUUAAGACGCCGCGUGAGGCUAUGGAUGGUUCUUACAUUGACAAGAAAUGCCCUUUCACUGGCGAUGUCAGCAUCCGUGGUCGCAUUCUGUCGGGUGUGGUACUCAAGUUGAAGAUGCAGAGGACGAUUGUGAUCAGAAGGGAAUACCUCCACUUUGUGAAGAAAUACAAACGAUUUGAGAAACGACACAAGAACAUGUCCGUUCACUGCAGUCCGUGCUUCAGAGAUAUUUCUAUUGGGGAUGUCGUCACUGUUGGGGAAUGCAGACCCCUCAGCAAAACAGUUUGCUUCAAUGUUCUCAAGGUUAUGAGGGGAUCCAGAUCGAAAAAAGCGUUCCAGAAAUUUUGAAAUGUGAAAGACUGAAAAAAAUAAAAAAUAAAAAUCA